CCUAAUAGUGUACAAGUAUACACUCGUAAAUUUGUCGUGUAUAGUGUGCGCGUGUGUGUGAGUGUGUGUAUGCGUGUGUGUUCACUGAAUUUCGUUAGGCAGUUGGUAUAUAAAUACGAUUAGUUAAAAUUUAAAAAAUUAGAAUAAACAAAAAAUUAACCGAAAAUGAUUCUCAACGUUGUUUUAAUCGCAUCAUUGUUUUCGCCGUUUAUAUAAAUUCGAAUUUUGCGGAUUGGCGACAAACAGGCGAAAGUGUUGUACCUCUACAUAAGUCAAGGAAAUGACCAAAAAGUGAGUUUAUUUUACCUACCGUUAUUAUUUGUUAAAUUUAUAUAUACAUUUAUAUAUUGCGACAAUAAUUUUGCCUUUAGACAAAUAAUUCGUAAAUCAGUAUAAUAAACAUUAAAUACACAUAGGGACCUAUCUGUAUAAAAUCUCAAAACGUAUCUAAUGUGUGUGUAUAUAUAUAUACAUAUAAGUAAUUUUUUUUUGUUAAAACUUUUUAUUAAACGACAAUAUCAUAGUACGUAUAACUACAGUCGGUUAAAAUAAUUAAAAAUGAAUUUCAGAUAUAAAAUUACGUUUUUUUAUCAUUUGGCAGAGGUAUACAAUUACCAAUAUCUACAAGUAUAUUAUAUGUGUACGAAUUCUCAUCAUAGAAAUAAUUACGAACAUAGUUUUUUUUUUUUUAUGAACUUAUCGCUAAUAUGUCAUUAUUUAUUUAUUAUAGUACAUUAUGUUUAAGUACUAUAACAAUUCGUGAUUGCUAAACGGAUGAAUUUAUAAAAUAUUCAAAGAAGUUCACUGCAGUAUUGUAAUUUUAAAAAUGAUUUCGAUCGUCCAAUAAAUCACUUUUAUGUCCUGACCGGAUGUAUGAAUAUGUAAUAGAUAUACGCAUUAAUGUAAUAUUAUUAUGUAUUGUUAUAAUAACUACUAAUUGUAAUUGUAAUCGCUACUAAUUUAAUACGAUAUGUUGGAAGAAAACGACCUGUGGCGUCAUUUCAGUAUUCGGUCAAUAAUAUUAGACCGGCGAAAGUAAGCUUACCAUAGUUGUCGACUGAUAAGGAAAAAGUAUAGUAUAUAAUAUAAACCGAACAAAGUUCGCUCUAAUAUUAUAAUUCAUUUAACAAGUAUUUAAAAAGAGAAUAGAUACCUAUCAAUUUUCGAGACUAAUAUUGAAAAUUUCACCACUGAUUACGUCUGAGUACAUAUAAACAAGAGGCAAGCGAAUUUUUUUGAUAUUUUGACAUUUUUUAUCCCUCAGACCCGAAAGCCAGUGAUCAACACGACUAAAACAAAACUUGUACUUAUUUAAUACGUUCUAUAAAUAUCAAAACUUGAAUCAAUUGUAUAAAUAUUAUAUUCAUUGACUGGUGUAGGAGAAAUAUGAUUACCGCAAAAUCACAUAAACUAAAACGGAAAGUUCAAAAAAAAAAGACGGACAUAUUUUGCACGAAGAGUGGACUACUAUUAGAUGAGAAGUUAGGAAGGUAGAAUAUAAAGAGGGAUUUAAUGGAUAUCUGUAAGGAAAGAUAAAUCAUUGCUAACGAAAAACGAUUCUGAGCGCAGCUCGGUUAAUAGAAUUGUUUAUUCAACAAUAUAUUAUGUCAUAUUAUAUUAAAACAAAAUGUACAUUGAAACAAUAUUCAUAUAGAUCAGUAACAGUAGAUUUGUUCCAUAUAAUUUCUACUUAAACGAUUUUCGUUAAAUUUGAUAUUAAAAAUUCUUAUAAAAAAAAUACUUCAUUAAACUCAAUUUUUUUUAUUUUGACCACAUAGUACAACUUAAAAUGAACCCUUCUGUUUAAUUUCCAAACAUUUAUGUUUAGUCUAACAAUUUUAUCCACACAGUACCUAUUGAAUAAAAAUUACGUAAAAACUAAUAAAAUUUAAAUGUCUAUAAAUAGCCCAAAAAUGGCUUGAAUAUAUUUUUUGAAAAUUUUACCACAUCUAGAAAAAGCAAAUAUAAGUUUUUUUAUCUAAGUUUUAACUCUCUACGAAUAUUUUUUAUUGAAUUAUAACAACGAAUAUUUAAAUUGAAAAUAAUAAAUGGAUUAUUUUAGUAAAUUUCCCAUUUUUUUUUUUACGUUAUAUCUCGGUUUUUUCUAGAUUUUUUAAAAAGAUUUUGGAAAGUUGAAAAUUGAGUACCAUCUAGACUAUAUUUUCUUUCAGAAAUGGUACUUCUGGUAGAUAUUUUUGUCACAGUAAAAAAAAAAAAAAAAGAUCUUUGUGAAACCAAAUCAUUCUUAGCUACAUUCAGAAUCUAAAAUAAAGAUUUCGCGAACGAGAAAACGUAACUAAAUAUACAAAGAACUCAAAUUAAUACGUUUUCUACCAUAUAAGAAUGCGUCUGAUUUUUUGUUAUGUCUGCGGUGAUAAAACAAAAAAAUUGCAUAAGAGUCAAAUUAUAUCACUGCAUGAUAUCCGAUUAGGUAUAGUUAUGUUCUGCUCGUUUAUAUUUUGGUUACUUAACUAUUUGAUUAGAGAAAAUAUAAUAAGAGGAUUUGAUAUUAAACCGUCAAGGUCUACAGGAUGUCCUACUGUAUUAUUCUUAUGCUAAUACCUAUUCAUAUUGUUUUUCAAUCUGGUUUUGUGCUAGAAUGACACAGAUGUAGAGAAAAAUUAUAUUUUUAUUUACAUCCCUUAAUCACUGAAAAAUAACUUAAUUUAUCUAUUUUUUAAAAUUUUUAAAAUAAUAAUUUUAUAAAAUAUAUUUUUCUAGAUAUUUUAAUGUAUUAAACAUUCAUAUUUGAUAAAUAGAUUUCUUAUUUAUAAUGUUUCUAAUAUAUGGAAAACAGACAUGAACACAAAUAAUAAUCAAUAAAAAAUAAGAAAUUAUCGUGCCGAUUGUGAUUUUUUAUCGCGUAACGUAUUAUUUGAUUAAAAAUUAAUUAUUUUCAUUUAAAUUUUGUUGACAUUAAAACGACUAUUGGCUAAUAAGAAACUAUUUAUCAGAUAUGGAUUUAUUACGCAUGUUACAUUCAAAUUUUUAGAAAAAAAUCUUUUGUAAGAUGCAUAUUUUAAAAAUGUUAAAAAGUGAUAAAAUAAAGUUAUUUUUUUUCAAUAAUUAAGGGAUGAAAAUAAAAAUUUAACUUAUCCCUACAAUUUUGUCCCCACGCUUAAAACCCGAUUGGGAAAAAAAUAAAUAAUAUUGACAGAAUUAUUAGCAUAAAGAUAAAACUAUUGGGCACCCUGUUUGAUAAGGGGGUACAGUAUUAUUGUGUUUCAAUACAAGAAUAAUACAGUUAUCAGCGAAAUGUACAUGUAAGCAUGUUCGGGGAACAUCCAUGUCCUCCAUUAAAAAUGGAGAUGAGAGCUCGUUUCCUCAGUGUGAUGCCAAUUACAUAUUGGGUAAAUAUAGGAUUUCGAAGCAGUCGCCGAGUUGUUUCGCCGUAAAACCCUAUUACCGUCGUCAUUUCGACGUACGAUAAAAAAAAUACCCGAUUUAUGUAUGUAAUGUGUGUGUGUGUGGGUACAGCAGUUGGUCCAGUGGAAGGGUGUGGCGGAGUGAUCGCCCCCUCCCCGUUACCUCUCCACCGUUAUCUUGUCUUGUGUACACACACACACACAGGUGCGUGAAGUUUUCCACUGUCUACAAAUAUUAGUAAUAAUAAUAUUGUUGGUAUAGACAAGAAAACCAUCAUUAUGAUCUACAUAGCAGUUAUAGCCAAGUUAUUAGGAAAUGGUUGAUUUAUCAAAAUAUGAGUUUGCUUUUUUGGAUUCGACUUUUUAAUGCCCAUUUCAGGUCAAGCGUGUAGAAGACGAUUUAACGAUUUAUUAAUGGUUUUACUAUUAAAAAAAAAAAAAAUAAUAAUAACUAUAUCUCCACCCACCGAAAACACUUGGACGGAUAUUUAUUUAGAUAUGCUGUUGCAUUUAUACACAACGAAAAUGUGAGUUAAAAAUAUGAAAUCGAAAAGUUAAUAUAGGUAGGUAAUUAUUUUUGUUUUAAAAUAUAUAUAAAAAAAAAAAACAAAAUAAUAACCGAAAUCACAAUUAUUUUUCUAUUCACCGACAUACUAUUAUUAUAUAAUGUAACUUAAGAUUUAAUAUGAUAUCACGGCGUAAUAGAACUAUUUUGAUAAUUUCGCGAGUAUAAGGUGUUGGGUAUACUUACACAUAUUGACAUAAUACGGAUUUACGUGAUUUAUAUUGUUUUUAAAAAUUAUUCAUUUAACAAUGAUUUAUUCAAUAUUUCUGACGUUUUUCGAUUUGCAUGCGGGAUUCCAAUUAAAAUGUGAUAGGUGUGAUGAUAAUUAUUUUUUGUUGGUACUUUUUUUUGUUACAUUUUUGCGUAAUCCGAAUUUUGCUGUUAUUAAUAAAGGUGAUAUCACUAUCAGAAAAAACUGCAUUUUUUUUCCAAUCGAUAUUAUUAAACGAAACCAACGAAAAAAUUCGAUUUCGAGUUAAAUAAUAUAUACAUAUUUUUAGGCUACACGCGUGAUUAGGAGGUACAAGGUAUGUAUUUCAAACGAGAGGAAUUUAUAAGUAUUAAACAAUAAUAAUAUAAUAUAUAUCUAGUUAAAUAUUCGAACCCUGCGAUUUUAGCAUACGCGUAUUCCUAAGUUUUUUUUUUUCGUGUGAAUAACCGUAGAGCAAAAAAACAAAAACAGCCUUUUGGUCGGUUUUAUCAAAUAUUUGCAAACGAAAACAUUCAAAAACUAUAUUCGUAUAAUAGUUAAUAGUCGGCCGGUAGAAUAAGCUGUACAUGUGUAUAGAAUAGGCACGAGGAUAAAAUUCAGAUAAUAUAUUAAUCUCGGCCCGUGUUUAUUUAUUUAUAUAUUUACGAUUUAUACAUGCUAUAAAUAUAAUAAAAAAAAAAAAAUCUGUUUCCAGAUUUUUACAGUUCAGAUUUUUAUGUCCGUAUUAGCCCGCAGGAAAGUACAAUUAUCUGAAUUCUACAUUCUAUAUUCCAGGGUUUUACGCGCUCCCUAUAAAAUGUGGAACAAAUAUUAAUUUUAACCAAAUUGCACUAAUGUAAUCAACACGUAUUAUUUGCGAACAAUUAACGUGAAUCAGCAGAACUACAGCUCUGUCAAUUAUAUCGCUUAUUUAAAAUUUGUUCACAAAAUAUUAAUUUUUUAUUAACCUUGACAGAAUUCAAAAUGAACCAUGUGCUGGAUAAAAUUGUUUAAAAUAUUGUAAAAAACAUUCUACAUUUAUGUUCAUUAUAAUUAAUAGCGAAAUGAAUGGUUGCAACCAACAAAUAUGUUCUAGAAUAAUAAUUUCGAAUGCUUUUUAAAAGUUUAAAUAUUUCAUAUUUUGCUAGAAGAAAUAUUUACAUUUUUGCUCCAAAAUUAUAUAAGUCUUUGAAAUGUUACUUCUCUAUACCCUCACUUUGAAGGAUCACUUAGGGCAUCUCGAGAAAAAAGAAGAUAUGGACAUACUUCGCACCAUGGGUGGGCCACUGUUGUAGAAGAGAAGUAGGAAGGUAGGGGAAAAUUUAAUGUAUAUCUAUAAGCACCGAUUAACUUUUGCUAGAAAAACGAUUCUGAGCGGAAUUCGGUUAAUAGUAUUGUUUUUCAACAAUAUAUAUGUCAUAUUAUGGUAAAAUAAUUAAAUGGGCAUCAUAUGUUUUCUUUAAUAAUAUUUGUUUAAUGUUUUAUUUUCCUAUUUUUCUCAUGGUUUUUCCUAAUUUAUUAUAAAAAUAGCUAGGAAAAUCAAAAGAAUAACCACCUCAGUUAGAUUCCUUUUCAGAAAACGUGAUAUAGUUUAAAAUCGGAGCAAAAUUGCUGGUAUAAAAGUUGUUUACAGAAAAUAAAAAAGUAAAAAAUUAACAUCAUUGUUAAACCAAUACAUCCUCGCUCCACUUAGAAUUUAAAAUAUUCUAAUAAACAGUUUUUUUUUAUUAUUAUUUAUUUUUUGUGACUAAAAUAUUCUAAAUCUAGAUUCACUACUUUAGUGCGCAUGCGCCAUGCUCAUUACGAGGUACGCAAGAAAACUAGCGCGGAACGCAUCGCCACCGCAAGUCAGACUUUCAGGCACCAGUCCGCAGAAGUAUCUAUAGAAAAGUAAACAAGCGUGUCAUGAAGUCGAUUUUAACACAGCAAACAAUAAAUAAAUACAAAAAGUAAACAGUAAAUAAAAAUAAUAAAAAGCAUCUGAAAAUAAACGUUAAGUGUAACGGUGUGCUCAGAAAUGAUGGUUUCUCUGAUAGUCAGAUGCAGGUAGUAGGUACUCGAGAGUUUGUUAAGAAUAAACAAAUUCACGAAACAAAAUGUCAGUAAUUCAUUUGAUUUGAAUGCACACUUCGACAGUGAUGUUGCCACUUGUUGCCACAGUCGAGCAAAAAACACUGGUGUCACAAUUUACCUUUAUUUCGCUAAAGUCUUAAUAAAUUUUGUUUUUUGUUGUGAAAGGACGUUUUAUUCAUUCCAGUAAAAUUCCAUCGUGUCCGUCGCGAAAACGCGUAUUAUCUGAUACCCAACCGUAAACUUGUAUUCCGUAAUUUGUUUUUCGAUCAUUUGUGUAAAAUUUAGUUGUAAGUUAAUAACUCGUAUGAGUUACACCAGGGUUCACCAACAUUUUGUAUUUCUACUAUUUUGUGACUUAAGUAAACAGUAAACUAUUUUUUUUUUUAGCCACGAAAAAAUACUCUAAAAUUCGAUUCAAGUUCAACUUAAUUUGUACUUAGUAGUAGGUCAAAAAAAAAAAUAAAAAAACGUCAUGUCGUGAACUCGUAAUAUAUUUUUAUAAACUUUUCUAUUUAAAAUGUACAAUGCAUUUUUUAGUUACAAAUUGAUAAAAUUUUCAAUUUGAUCAAAAAAACAAAAUCAUCCGCUCAUAGCCAGUUUUCAUUUACAAUGAUAUGUCGUCACAUAUACAGUAUUUAAAUUGAACUUCCCUAUGUAUCCUUCCUUUCCAACUUCCCACCUACAACAGUAGUCUACCUUAUUAUUAUUUUUUUUAACUUUUAAGAUUGCUAUUAUUAAGCUCAACAAUAUUUAAUUUCAUCUAAAUAUUACAACACAACAAUAUUUCAAUACUUAAAGGUAGAUAGUUGAAUUAUUUUUUUGAUUAGAUUAUCUAGAAACAAUCAGUGUUUUAUUAGCUAAUAGCAAGUAUGAAAUGAUAAUAAUGGUUAUUGAUUCUCUCUACUGAACAAACUAAUAAUAAGUAUACAUUAAUUUUAUUAAUUUGAAAUUAUCUUCGUAUUGUUACAUUUUCAUAAUCUGUCUAAUUAAAAUUUUAUCUACAAUCUUUUCACUUUAAUGUUUCAACGUUGUACGGAGAUCUAAUUAAACAAAUUCAACCAGUCAAUACAUGUUUAAUAUGAUAAAUUUAAAUUCCAUAAGCCAUAUUAUGCAUAUUAGUGAUGAGCACCUACAUUUAUUAACAAUGUGCUGUAAAAAUAUUACUUUCGAUUCACUCACUCACUUGUGAGUGUAGUUUCGUACACUGUAGUUACACUAUAGUUUCGUAAAUGAAACUUUAAGCAACUAUUUCAAAAUUAAUAUAUGAUUUGAAAUAUACAUAAAAUCAAUUGAUUAAUAUAUUAUUAUAAUUUCUGCGUUAAAUGUUUGGGGGAUCAGAGGGAACAUAAAACUAUAAUAGAAGAAAAAAAACAAGAUUUAAGAGUUAUGUCAGGCCUAGAGUAGUACUGAAUCGAUAUUAAAAACAAAAAGAUAAGCUGAAGAGGACGCGUAUGACAAAAACAUGAACAUAUUAGAUAAUAUAAUUUAUAUUAAAUUAUAUAAAUUACUUAUUAUUUUAAAUCAAAUUGAUCAGCGAAAAUAAUUCCCCCCAGACCAAUAUGAAUGGCUUUCGUGAAUCUUUUGCCUCGUUCACCAAUAAACCAUGUAAUUAGUUCUCAUUAUAUACGCAUAGCAACAAGAAAGAAAAAUUCAAUUUAUUGGUGAGUUAGAGUAUAAUAUUAUGAUUUUGAUAUUUCUAAUAUUUCUACGUAUUUUCCAUGUUCGGGAAUAAUGCCGGCUACGUAACUGAUAUACUCGUGUUCCAAUCAUUAUGCAUUUUUAACUAUGGAACGAACAUAGUACGUAAGAACCUAAAUCUAUUGGGCAUUAAUAAUGGUGAAGAAACAACAGUCGAUAGGGAUAGAUUAGACCAGGUGUAGUGGUGGCGAAAAGCCUCAAGCACAUAGCUUGUUAUGACAAGCCAACAAACCGGAAGAAGAAGAAUAUAAUUAUAAUAAGAAAAGUAUUUGAGUGCGGUAUAAUUUGUUUUUAUCUCCAAUAUGCCAAUAGACAAAAUUCUGAUUUUAGAUUCUGAGUAGAGCGAGGAAUAUAUUGAUUUCACAAUGAUGUUUAUUUUUUUUUCUGUAGAAAAUUUGUUUACCAACAAUUUCGCUCCGAUUUACAAGAAUAUCACUUUUUAUAAAAGAAAAUUCAACUGGGGAGGUACUUUAAAGUGGUCAUUUUUUGAAUGUCCCAGAAGUUUUCCGAAUAUAUGCAGAAAAACUAGGAAAACCGGGAAAAAACGUAGGAAAAAUAAGAAAAUAGAUACAAUAUUAAAGAAUAUAUUCAAAUUUCAGUCUUGGCCUUCGUCCGGAAACGAUGCGUUGUCAAUGUUUUCGUCGCUUAUCUUAUGUCAUUAACUACGCUUAUGUAUUUGUCGACCCACAAUCGUUUAGUUUUCAUAUAAAAAUCUAAUUGGCCGCCCUAAGAUUAGAGUCUUUGUCAACUAAUCGGUACUUGCAGCGAGAUACGCAUCGCGAUGCCACGAUAUUUAUACACUGCGUGCACAGUAACUUUGCCUUAUGUUUUUCUGGCGGUAUAUACACCGUGUACCCAGUGAUUCCACGCCAUGGUGAUGCCUAAACAGGAUACACCCGCCAGACCCCCCAUCUAAGGCCACUCGUUUUGCUCCGAAGCCCGUCACAAAUGAAGACCGCUACUUUAAACUCCGUUAAGGCGGAUGUCAAGUCGGACUUGGUGUUUGUUUGUGCUCAAGUGGCUGAGUGUGUGCUGAAAAUUCCAGUCUUCGGUCGAAAAUUGACAUCCUAAGAGGUAAACUGGCCAGUAUUGAUAUCAGUACGAGUACUCAACAAUCACCAUUUUGAGCGGGAAAGGUGUCUAUUCAAUUUAAUUUUGUAUUGUGUUCCGGAAUCUAAUUCAGAGAACGUUCCUAAGCGUGUUGCUCAUGACAGGAUAUUCUACUGUAGCAUACUUGAAUCUCUUGGUGAUAUUAUUCCUAAUAACUCAAAGCGAAUACGCCUUGGCAAAGUGCGGGAUGAGAAAUCUGCCCGUCCGCUUAAAAUUAUUUUCAAAAAUAAAGAUACUGCAGCCAGUUUUCUUCUUCGAUUCAAUUCGGCCAAGCGCUCUGGGUCUUCUUUUCCCGACGGAUUUCAGAUGGUGAGUGACGAAACUGUUCUACAAUGAAAGUUGUUACAAACGUGCCAUGCGGAGCUAGAUCUUAGAGCUAAUAACGGUGAAAAAGACCUAAGAAUUAUUUUUACUAAUGGCAUUCCGGAAAUUAGGGCUAUCCUCUUAAAAAACGGGGUUCCGCGUCAACGUCCUCCAAUCAAUCAGCCAUAGCAACAGUAGCCCAUGACGUUCCAAUCUCUGGCUUCUACCAAAACUGCCGUGAACUUCGAUCUAAAUUGUUAAAUUUCAUAUGUAUCUACUGCUAAUUUUGUUUUUAUUUUUCUAACAGAAAUUUGGCUUACUAAACACUUUUCUAAUAAUAAGCUUGGUAUUUUAAACUACAAUAUUUUUAGAUUUGAUAAGUGUAUUGCUACCAUUGCAUAUUUUAGGGGGGGGGGGCUACUUAUUGGCAUAUGUAAGGACAUUUCUAUCUUUCGCAUUAUUGUUCCUAAAGAAAAUGUGGAACGCAUUUUUGUUCGCUUCUUUAUCGGUAAAGAUAAAUUUGUUUUAGGGGGUGUGUAUAUUCCUCCGAAUUCCUCGUUUACCCUAUGCGAAUCUUAUAUAUUAUCCAUUGAACAUAUUUUCCAUCAUUAUACUAACCAUACCUUUAUUUUUGUGGUGACUAUGACUUGCCCGAUAUCUCCCGGACCAAUGAUGACUCUAGCUUAACCUAUUCUCUGUCCACUAGUAUACCCGGCAUUCCUGAAUUCUUUGCGGUAAAUUGUUUUUACCAAAACAAUAAUAUUUUUAAAAAACACGAAUCCUUGUUAGAUCUAGUAGUUCCUUGGUAAAUUUUAAAUUUCCUUCUCGUUCUACACAUUCUAAUAUAACUUUCCAUGUUCCCAGAGCCACCACAAAUUACCAACAAUACGAACCACUUAGGUGUCUAAUGAAUAGUGCCAAUAAUGACCCUACCUCUUUAGAUUCUUACUCAUAACUGCUUAUUUCUUUACUCACAGUUUUAUUUUCGGCGUUCACAGUUGUUUGUUACUUAUUAAUAUUGUUUACUAGUUACUACUGCUUCAUGUUUACUUGUCUAUUUCCUUGAUUCGUGUUUAUCUUAUUAAGUUUACUUUAUCACUUACUUUACUGUAUUUGCUAUUAUAAAUUAUAUCAAUAACAAAAGGGAUAUCCCGUGUAUAUAAAAAUAAAAUAAAAUAAAUGCGUAUUAAAUUAUUUUACCAUAAUAUGACAUGUGUAUUGUUGACAAAGCAACACCAUCAACCGAACUCUGCUCAGAAUCAUUUUUUCGUUGGCGAUAGUUUAUCGCUCCGUACAGACACAUCGAAUUCCCUUCCCAACUUUCCACCUACAACAUUGGCUGUACGCGUCCCCAUUAUCCUAUAAGAGUAUUUUUUUUUUUAGUUGUUACUUUUUUCUAUAUUUUUAUUUCGUCAUCAGCAGCACUAAAUUGGAAAAUACGAUCGAAAAACUGAUCACGAAUAUCAAAUAAUAUUUUUUUAACUACAAUAAGCCACAUAGUGACGUAACUAGAACUUAGUACCUAUAAUACAAGCCCAAAAGCUGGUGGAAAUUUGAAAAACCAAUUAUUAUUUUCCUUUCGAAUGCUUCUGACAAUUGUUUUAACUCUGAUAUUUGCUUGUACAUCGAUCUAAAAAUACAAGUAAGUAAUUAAUAACGCAUAUGGACGAGUGUACUGUUAUUAAUAUGCGUGUAGACAUCAGAAAAAUAAAAUCAAUUUCAUUUCUCGUGGGUGAAUUUAUAUGUUAUUAUAAUAAUGUGUGUACCACAUGGUUUUUAAUAUAUUAUUAUUACAUAUUCAUACAGAACAAUUGACAUCGACGUGUUACUAGAAGAAGUCGGCGAAUUCGGAAGGUAUCAAAAAUGUUAUAUAUUUCUACUGGGACUGGCGUUACUGUUCACGGCGUCGUCUACGCUUUCGUUCGUUUUCACCACAGGAGACAUGAAUUACAGGUAUUUCGAGGAUCAUUUUAUCUAUUUACAUGUUUAUUAUAUGCAUUUUAACCGUUCGAUUGAUACUGAGUUUAGAGUACACCAUAUCCGCAUGUGCUGAUAGUUGUAAUAGCGUGAAUUGACCUAAUAUAAUUAAACUCUAAGAUAAGAACAUUGUCUGUGUUGUUUUUAGAUUUUGAGUGGAACGAAGAAGCUUGUAGUUAUAGAAAGAUGUAUAUUUAUUUUUUUUUUAUGUGUGCGCAACUUCUCUAACAAAACACUUUCUCGGAUUUCUACGUGUAGUACCUUUUCUGAAAGAAAAUCUGCAUGGGGAAGGACAUUACAGAGAUCAUUUUUCGAUUUUCUUAAGAGUUUUCUCGUCAAAUGUGAAAAACCGAAUAAAAACAAGAAAAUUUACGAAAUAUAAUCUUGCGAUUUUUUUCCUAUGGACAAUUUUUCUAACAUAUUUCUGAAAGAAAAUUCCACUGGGGAGUUACUUUAAAGAGGUAAUUUUUUGAUUUUCUCAGAAGUUUUUUCAUUAAAUUUGAAAAACCAAAAAAAAAAAAAACAAGAAAAUAUUAGUUAAACCUAUUACGGCCUUAUUCUUUCUGUGCAUAACUUUUCAACCAGAAAUUUUGCUCUAACUUUUAAUGUUAAUAAUGUUUUUAAAAGUAAAUUUUACUAGGGAGAUACUUUAAAGAGGUCAAUUUUAUUUUCCCAAAAGUUUUCCCAAAAAAUGUGAAAAACCUGAUAGAUUUUGCCGAAAAACGGGGAAAAUUGGAAAAAAAUAGAGGAAAAAAAGAAGAAUGGGAAAAUAGGUACAAUACUAAAGAAAAUGUUUUAUGCAUAUGUAAUUAUUUUACCAUGAUAUGAUAUAUAUAUAUGUAAAUAUUGUUGAAAAAGCAACACUAUCAACUGAACUCCGCUCAGAUUCUGAACAACCAGAUAAUUUCGAAGUAACAUAACCAAUAGAAUAUUAAUAUACGAUGUAAGAAAUUGUUCAAGUUUUAAAAAGAAUAUUUAAGUUCGUCAAAAAAAAAACACAUUUUUUUUUCUAAAUUAUCAUUGUUAAAAAAAAAUUAUUUUCUUUAUACUGAACAAUUUUAAAAAGUUAAUUUAUCUGGUUGUUGCACCAAGCCCUUCAAUUUAUCUUAAUAGUGUAAAUCGUGCUGUUAUAACUUUAUACAAACUUAUUACAGGUGUCUGAUACCAAAAUGCGACUCCGAGAUGGAGACGGUUGUGUAUAAACCGCCCUGGCUUAACUGGGCGGUGCCGUUCCACGAGAACACGCCGGCCAAAUGCCAGCGGUACGCGGCUAAGAACCCGCACGACAACGACAGCCUGGUGUUAGUGUUGCCACAGUGUCAGUAUAACAAUUUUAACAAGUCCUCGGUGGAAGACUGCGACGAAUUCGUUUUCGAAUCCGGUGGCGAAUCGACCAUCGUUUCUGCGGUAUGACCGAAACCCGUUUAAAUUUUAUAAUAGUUAAACUUUAUAAAGUGGUCAUCCAAUAGGUACGUAUCUGGGAUUUAAUCUGAAAGUUAGUGGGGGUAGGGUCAAUACAUUUUUAUUUUUUACGAAUAGUCCAAUAUUCUUCAAUAAUUAACUAUUAAAAGUACUUUUUUUUUAAAUAUUUUUUCUGUCUAUGAAAAACUUUUUUACUAGAAUCUUGCUCCAAUCAUCAACUUUCUAGUAAACAAUUUUUUUUCUAGUUGGUGCGUCGUGAGAAGUUAUUUUUUAAUAUUCUUUAAAUUAUUGUUAAUAACGAAAAAAACCGAAAAUGUGUAUGAAACAACAAUUUCUGUUAAAACGAUUUGGUAUUUAUGUUGUAAUUUAGUGAAAACAAUCGUGGAAAACCGAAAGUUUUACCGAAUUCCGGAAUACUGAUAUUACCAUUUUUUAAAGGUGGUAUAUUUUCAAAAUAUUCUGAUGAUAUACAGUUAUAUAAGUUAUAUACAGCUACUUGAAAUUUUCGAGUACGUAGUUUUUCCUGGUACUACGUAUAGAUAACAAAUUUUUAGGUCUGUAGAAAUGCUCAAAAAUUGCAUACAAACAAAGUGAGUAGACAACAUUUGUUGUCAAUUUAUUGCUAUAGACUACUCAAAAACGUUUUUCGUUUGCAAUACAAAUUUGAAGAUAAACCAUGAUACGGGUUUUGGGAUGAAAUUUCUUCCAUCGCCACCCCUUAAAUAAGUGCUUGUGCUUCAUUAUUAUUUUUUUUUUUUUUGAUACAGAGGUAUAGGGUUUAAUAGUUUUUAUCUCUUAUAUAAAAUGAACAGCAUAUAUAUACGUCAUACACAAGUUGUUAAAGUUCAUUAUAUUAUUACAUUGGUUGACUAAUAUAUGUAACCAUCAUGAUACGCUUUAAAUUUGUUCCUAAUUCGAAAAAUAUUACUUAAUAGUUGUACAAAACUAAUACUAAUUAACUUGAAAUUUGAAUAAUAAUUAUUAAUACCGUGUUAAUAUUACGGGAGAAAUCUGGAGAAAUUGUCUUUGAGUACAACAAUGACUUCUUAUAAAGGGUGAUCAACAUAACGUGAAAUACUCAUUAUCUCGUAAAGUAUUUAUUUUUUGUUUUCGAAACUUGCUUAUCAGAAAACAUAUAAGACAAGCAAUUCUAAAAUUUUACAUUACCAUUAUGGUUUUCAUCCUUAUUUCUGGCAUGAAAUAAUUACUUACUUUAUAUUUCAAAUAGCAAUCUGUAUUAAAAAUUCUAUAAAUAUAUGAAGUUUUAAUUUAAAUACAUUCUGAUGUUGAAAUUUUUAAUUAAUGUCGACUCGUUGACGAGUUAAUCCACUUUGAAAUGCUUAUCGUUUUGUUGGUAUGAAGGAUGGUACAAUAAUGGAGCAUUACUUGUGUGGCAGACUAGUUCGGCGAUUUAAAACUAAAACUUCGUCUGUUAUUCUGGAAUUUUUAACAUAAGUUGGUAUUUAAAAACUAACAAAUUCCGAAAAAAAUGAAUAUUUUUCGAAAUAAUGAGUCGUGUCCUACGUUAUAUUGAUCAUUCUGUGUGUUCGAUUACCUGAACUCAUCAAUAAUACAUGAUCGUUUAAAAUACUGUACCCAUAGUUCAACAUAUUUUGCAAAAACAACAAGUGGAAACUGACGGUCGUGGGUACGCUGAACAAUAUCGGUCAGUUCGUCUCAUUACCCAUAUCCGGUUUUUUGUCAGACAAGUACGUUUUACAACGGCCAACGACGCGUUUCAUUAACGGGCUGAAUUGAUAAAUUGACGUAUAUACCGCGGUGUUUUUAUUAUUAAUUUUUUUUAUUUUUUUUUUUUUUUUAAUUUAGGUACGGCAGGAAAAACAUUAUUAUCAUCGGAAGUGUAUUGGCGGCCACGUUCGGCAUUUUACGCGGGCUGUCGAUAAAUUACGCAAUGUUCUUGGCGUGUGAAUUUUUCGACGCUUUUUUUUCCGGCGGUGUUUACAGCGCAACUUUUAUUAUGGGUAAAUGUUAUAACAAUAAAGUAACUACCAACGUUUUCACGCUCACGGGGAUCGAAAGCUCGGCGGUUUGUUAACCGUCCACACACACAGUGCCGUGCUACUAACUAUCAUUGGCGUCCCAGGGCAAUAAUAUUUGGCGCUCUCAUUAAACAUACAUGCAUAUUUCGACCUCUAUAAAAAUCGCUAGCUGUUAAUCUUCUUAGUUUGAUAUUAUUCAUAUCAUAAACAUUUUAUCCUGUAUUUCGGAUUCUGAAAUUGCGAGAAAUUUAUUAGUUUACAACCAAUGAUAUUAAAAUGAUAUUUCUUCUAUCUUUUUUUUUUCUGUGGACAUUUUUUCCACCAGCAAUUUUUCACCGAUUCGCAACGAUAACACUUUUUCUAGAAGAAAAUCUGACUGAAGAAGUACUUUAAGGUAGCCAUUUUAUGAUUUCCACAGGAGUUUUUCCAAUUAAUUGGAAAAAAAACCGGGAAAAACAAGGAAAAAACGUAGGAAAACGGGAAAAUGGGUAUAAAUAAAUAAAAUUAAAGGCAAUUUUUAAUACACAUGUAAUUAUUUUACCAUAGUUAUGGCAUUAUAACAUAUUUAUAUUAUAGCUAUAUGAUAUGUAUAGCAAUGGUUUUAUCGUUGCUUACAGAUACAUUAAUUUUCCCCUCUACUACCUUCCCAUCUUCUCACCUGUAGCAGUGGUUGCACAUUCCGUCUCUAUUAUCCACAGCUUUUAUACACAUAUUUUUAAUAAAAAAAAAGACGGAUAUACUUCGCACGUGGGUGAGCCACUGAUGAGAAGUUGAAAAGGUAGAGUGGAAAUUGAACGUAUUUUUGUUAUCAGUUUAUCGAUUUAUACGUUUCAGUGUUCCACACUUCACCAGUUAUCCUCUCAGCAAAUUGAUCAUUACCAGAAAGUACAUGCACAGAGCCCGUGACCAUAAAAUCGCAACAAGUCUUUUCAUUGAUAAAAUAUUUAAUUUAAUACUUUCAAUAAUCGUGACCACAACGAACUCAAAGUACUAACUACUGGGAAAAGUGGGAAAGACUAAUUUUUUUACCACCCUUUAAAAUGUUACAACGUUUGCUGCCCUACGGUACUUGCCUCAUUUGCCCCCCGCUUGGCACGGCUCUGCACACACGAGUGUAUUUCCGAUCGUUCCAUAGUGAUUACAGCGAGUAACUUUCAUUAUAGUUGAUGUGAUUGCUGCUCCCGCAGAUUUUCAAUUUGUGCAGAUCAGAGUUUCGAAUAAUAAUACACGCAGUGGAGUCUAUAUUGUAAUUUGUUUGAGAUUGGCUGUCAUUUUCAAACUGUGCAGAUCUAAAAAAAUGUCCGUUUAUAAAAUUUAUAUGGUUCAACGAUUGGAAGUAGAUGCAGGAUAUAAUUGUUACAUUAUUGUUGACGUGUCGCGUUUGUGUAAAAUGUAUAGCGGUAAUAAUGGCCAAAUACAAAAUUGGCCAGAGAAAAGAACUCAAUUUUUCUUUUUCCGAACCUGUUUAUUCAAUUAUUUGAAAUUAUAUUAUUAAUUGUUGCUCAAUGUGCUAGAAACGUGGGUGUAUAAUUUUAUUUACAAUGUUAAUAGCGGCAAUAAAUAAUAAUAAUCUUAGGUAAUAAUAGGUAUAGGCUAUGGAAAAAAUGUACAGUUUUUUUUAUUUGACAAUUUAUUCCUCUGGUCAUAAUAUUUUCAAUGGACAUUUUUACUUGGCCAUUUUUAUUAGACCAUUAUUCCAUUAUUUUCGAGUGCAGGAUUGUCGAUAUACGAUUUCGUUGUUGUAUUAUUUUACUGCGAUUCGGUUUCACUUUGUGUACUUAAUAUCUUAUAUACGUGCACCUAGGUACAGAUAUAGCCAAUGUUGCGAAAAAAAAAAAAAAAAAGAAAAAAAAAAUGCCGUCUGCGAAUGUUAAAUUCCUAUGUAUACUGUUGGUAAACAAAAUCCAUUCGGAUUUGCUGAAGUUCGAUAAUUUGAAAUGCCGGAAUCCGAAAUAUACAGUGCCUGCAAUUGAAAAACUUAUCAGUGUUAUUGAACUCCGAACUCCGGGACUUGGAAUUAUAGUAUUUUGAAAUCUGAAAACCGAAAACCGGAUUUUCGGAUGUAUAGCACAUCACCAAUAGAUAAAAUAUUUUAAUUGUUUUUAAAAAGGUCUCGGACUGGUCGGCGGUAAACACAGGGUGUUCGCCAGUACUAUUUUGAGCGGUUUCUACCCGAUCGGCGAGGCGACGGUCGGACUGAUGUUUUGGUACAUUCGCGACUGGAGGAAAUUCCUAAUAUUCAUAAACUUGCCGGGGCUGUUUUUCGCUUUGGCUUACACGUGAGUAUGCGGAUGCGCGUAGUCACGUUCAUCAAAAUUUCAAGUGAAAACACUAUAAGUACCUACCCAAAGAACAGCGCAAUUCGAAAAAUAACCAAUUAGCAACGCGAGGUAUAAUAUUGUUAUCAGUCAAUCGAAUGAUACUAUCGUACAAUACAAAUUGAUCGCAUUUUCUAUUAAUUAAGUACAUUUUUUUUUUUUUUUCGAUAAUAUAAAUUACCGUAGGAAAUAAUAAAAUUAUUCGAUGUUCUAUAAAUACGUGGAUAUCUACACAAUAAUAGUAGUCAAUAAUAAAGUGAUUUUUUUUUUCUUUUUCGAAUCUAUGCAGUUGAACGUGACUCAAACGAGUUAAUUUUGCAUAUAAAUACACAUUUCCGGGUUAAAUCAUAAAACGUAAAAUAAUUGUCUAUGGGUUAAAUGUGAUAUUUUAGAUAACAAUAAGUACCUUUUUUACUUAUAUGAAUAUAUAUAAAAAUAAUUUAUAAACAAAUUUAACAAGUGUGGAUCUGCAAUUCAAAUUAACACUCUUCUCAGUUAUCUUAUCUACAAAUAAUUUCUUCUGCUUUUACUGCGCAUUGCACUAUCUACUUUUAUAAAAAAGUUAUUUUUAUUUCAUUAAUAAAUUAUAUAAUAAAUAGGCAAUACAACAUAGUUUUUUUUAUUAUUAUUUUUUUUUUUUUUACAUGUAUACCUUUUAAAUUGCUAUUAUUAAACAUUUUUAAUACUCAAUCAAUAUACCACGAAAUCCGAAUGCCUUAAAAUAAUUGUAUUUACAUCAAAACAUAUUUUAUAUAAUUUUCGUUAACGACAUAAAACAUCAUGUAGGUAUCAUCUUGGGCAUCCUGUGGUUAAAAAAAAAAAAUUAAUUUCGUCGUUCUUAAAAACAUACAAAAUUAUGAAUUUGAAAUUUUAAAAUAACAAAACAUAAAAUAAUAAUUUUGUAUUAUCUACUUUUUUAAUUAAAAAAUUAAAAAUGUAUAUCAAACAAUAGAGAGCGCAAAUUAUAAAAAAAAAAAAAAAAGAAUUUUAUUUUUACAGUUUUGAAAGUUAGAGUAUGGAGUACCCUCAUGGUACUCCUUCAAGGUCCUACUCUCAACAUUUUAACACGUACUAUGGAAGACUAUGUAGUGCACGGUUCCCCGAAAUAAGGCCUUGCGCGUACGAUUGCUAUAGUACCUAUCGACCACACUGACCGGUUAUCAGACUAACAGUCGCGUUUGUCCGCAGUAUCAUCCCGGAGUCGGUGAGGUGGCUGAUCACGGCAGGAAAGAUGGAUGAAGCCAUUGAGGAAUUAAAGUGCAUCGCGAAACACAACGGAAGAAAACUGUCGGACGAGAGUCUGAAAAUGCUCGAUAUGUACAAAAACGCCAACGAAAAGGAAAUGGCAAUAGUAAAUAAUACACAUAAUAUCAUUGUAGAUACGAGCGCGUUGAAGCGUACGGUAAUAAAUCAGGACUGUGGACUUAGCUUAGCAUAUUUUUUUUUGAUUAUUGGAAAUGUAUAGAAAUUCAAACCGUUUUAAUGCGGAUAUUUGCGCACAUUUUACUAAUAUCAGUUAGUGUUGACGCAUAUGUUACGUUUUUUUAGUGCUACGACUGUAAUACACAGACCUGGCAAUAGCCAACAACAAUUGUAUAAUUUACAAACUUGGUCACGUUUAAAUUCAACCGUUUUUAUUGGAUAUAUUUAGGACGAAAACACGUUACACGCGGCCAGCUCCUCUAGGUCGCAAGCGUUUAAACGCGCCAUGUCUUCCAAACGCAUAAUGUUCCGUAUGCUCAACUGUUCGUUCUGUUGGUAAGUACCUACAUUGUUAUUAUUAUUAUUGUUAUUAGGUAUUUUAUCAGAAAGAUCACGGUUUGCGCGGAGCGAUUUGUCUCUAAUGAUCAAGCGAAUUACGAAACAUUUUUGUACAUACCCAUAAUUGAUUUUAGUUUCUUUUCAGACAUUUUAAUGUAGAAUCGAUCUUGUUUACAAUAAUUUCACCUGUUUUUAUUCCGUAUAUGGCGUAGGUACCGUAAACGCAAUAGGUACACGACGUUUUAUUUUCGACUAGAGACACCCAAAUAGCCCAAAAUUCAAAACCUAGAUAUGCGCGGAAAGACGACGAUUUUUAAACGUGUUUAUAAUACUUAUAUAAUAAUAUCAUAAUUAGUAGGCACCCACUAUUGUACUAUAUAGGUACUUACUCGUAAACAGCAUAGCGUCACGAACUUUAAAUAGUAUUGGAGCAAAUCAUUUUUUUACAACCACCGUCCAUCCAAAUUCAAAAACCAACCACCCCCACCUCGUAAAAAAAUUCAAAAGCAGCCGCUGCUCGCGAAGAUCGGAGGAGUAGGGUUAUCAUCUAAAAAAUCGAUGUGCAAUUAUAAAUUAAACCAAAAUUAUUAAUAUUUUAUUAUUGGUUAUUAAGGUGUUUUACUAGAUAAUAUUAUUAUUUUACUUCUUCUUUGGCCUCGAUCCAAUGAUUAAGACCGCGGCGCUAAAUAUUAUACAUAUUUCCAUACAUCUAUAUCCUCUGUUGUUUCCCUCAAUUGAAUGGUCGGCCCACGAGCUCUGUGCCUCUGUCUUCCAAGAAUCUUCAUUUUUUGGUUUUUUUUUUUUUAUUUAUCAUCGAUUGAUAAUAACAUUAAAAUGUUGUACCUAAUGUAUAGGAUGAUCAAUACGCUCGUGUACUACGGGCUGUCAAUGAGCGCGGGUUCCAUAGUGGGCAACCGGUACGGUAACUUUAUCCUAUGCAGCCUAGUCGAAAUCCCCGCGUUGAUUCUGGUCCUCAAGAUCCUAAACAACUACGGACGGAGGGAGUCGCAAUGCUGCACGCUACUGUUAUGCAGCAGUCUGUGCAUCUCGACCGUGUUCAUCCCGAAUCGUAAGUCGAUUUUAUAUUACAUUAACACAUCACCUACCUAAUUAUAUUUGUUCUAAAAUAACACAGACUAGCGUUCAAAAAUCACAAUGUCGCAAUAAUAUUUGUUUAUGUUUCGGCAUAUAAAUUAAUAGAUUAUCGUUUUGAGUGAAUGAGAAUGAAAUGCGCGUUAGAUACUUGUACGUUUAACCGCAGUUAAUCGUAUACCUCCAAAUUUUUACUUUUUAAAUAACGACAUUGAAAUCAGACGUAGCUUAGGAAUUCAAAAAUGUGUACGCUUUUAAUGACGGUAAUGUAUCAGGCUAUAAGUAAAUAUUAAAAUUGGUAAUAAAUAAACGGUCGAAUGUGAUACCCAGAAUACAUUGGCACACUACCAUUUGUUUAUGCACAGAUUUAUUUAUACGUAAAUUCUGCAAAAUGUUUUCCAGACGCUGUCAUCCUCAAUAUCGUUUUAUACCUGGUCGGAAAAUUUUCCAUAACCGUUUCGUUCGUCAUACUGUACAUGUACACCGCAGAAAUGUUUCCAACCGAAAUCCGGCAUUCUCUGCUCGGCAUAUGCUCAAUGUUCGGCAGGAUCGGUUCGAUGGUUGCGCCGCAGACGCCCUUACUAGUACGUGAAAACUGAUUAAGUACCUAGUAUACAGGGUGAUUUAUUUUUAUCGCGAUACGAUUAUUAUCAACGAAGAUCUUGAGUAAAUUAUAUAUUUUUUUUUUUUUUUUUUUUUUUUUUUUUUGGUAUUACAAAAUUGUUUAAUGAUUAUUUACAACAUUUUCAAAAUUGUGUCCUUAUUGAAUGCUUGGAAAAUACAUUUUUAAAAAUAUUUAUUUAUAAUGAUUAAAAAAUAUAUCAUUCAAUCUUUUGGUGUGAAAAACAAAAUUCUAAUUUACUCGAAAUUUCCCAUGAUAAAAAAAAAUCACCUUGUUCUUAUAUUAUAAUGUGUAAAAGCAAUGUCAUAUAUCGUUACUCGGUUAUUUUCAGAUCUACAUUUGCGUCUAUCAUAAUGGGGUAGAUAAAAUGCAAUUAUUCAUUUAAUAUUAAUUCAGUGUGUAACAACUUUUAGGCUACCUAUUUUGGGGAAUCGGCCCCAUUGCUGCUGUUUGGCGGAGCUGCAUUGGUAUCCGGACUCUUGGCGCUUCUAUUUCCAGAAACAUACAAUAAAAGAAUGCCAGACACAGUUUUAGAAGCUGAAGAGAUUGGAAAACCUAAUAGUUAAAUCGAAUGUCGAACUGGACUACGCGACCGUCCUAGAAAAAUCGUUUGAAGAAAUAUUAAGAGUACACAAUUUUCAUAUAUUAUUGCAUAAUUGCCUAUUGGCUACAUAAUAUUUUACGAAUAAAAGUUAUUUUGAAACUAAGUCUAAUGUGUUUAAAACUCAUUACAUUUAUAAAUAAUGAUUACAUUAUAUUUAUUAGUAAAUAUGUGUCCGACGACUUUAUAUGAAUAUAAAUCUGAUCUGUUAAGGAUUUUAUAUGAUGUGUACAUUUUAUUUUAAUUAUUGUUUAUUAUAGUUAAUCAAUGUAAAUUAUUUUAUCAACUAUGCAACAUCGAUAGCAUACAAUUAUCUAAAUAUACCUAAUACCUAUCUAUAGUGUGUUCCAAUUAAAGACUAAAUUAUAAUGGGU